CGCAUUGCCCUCUGGUCUGUCACCCUGACAACAUUGUCCGAAUCCCGGCUCCUGCUUUUGAAAAAGUCGUGGAAGGACGUUGUUUUCGAGUCGGAACAGAACGCGGGCUCCUUUACAACAACAAUCAGAGCUGGGUUUUCGUCCCCAACCGUCAGCGCGUGGAGGGCUGUAGCACCGAGCCGAGCUAAAGGCUGGACUUCACGUCCUAAUAUUUGCUCUUUGUUUCUGCUUUUAUACUGUCAGCCACUGUAGACCGUCGUUGAACAGCUUCGGUUUUAGCAGACAUGGUGAAGCUGACUAAAGCCAAGACUUUCCAGGCUUACCUAGACUCUUGCCACCGGCGUUACAGCUGCGUGCACUGCCGCGCCCAUCUGGCAAACCAUGACGAUCUUAUCUCAAAGUCAUUUCAAGGCAGCCAAGGACGAGCAUACCUCUUUAACUCAGUGGUUAAUGUUGGCUGUGGUCCCGCUGAGGAGAGGGUGCUGCUUACAGGACUCCACGCUGUGGCUGAUAUUUACUGUGAAAACUGCCACACCACUCUGGGAUGGAAAUACGAGCAGGCCUUCGAACUCAGCCAGAAGUACAAAGAGGGGAAGUACAUCAUCGAGCUGUCCCAUAUGAUAAAGGACAAUGGUUGGGAUUGAAAAAUAAAAGCCACCAUGUUUCUUCAUGACUUUUUAAAAGAAAGAAAAAAAAGUUGCAUCCUCUCAACGUGAAAGGGUUCAAGUGUAUCGUCCUCAUCUCGCCGUUGAGCCACUGCUGUGCCACACUUUUACUUCAUGCAGCUUUGCUAAGAAUAGCAUGUGAUUCCUUAUCUUCGUCUUUUCGUGUUUAUUGGGGGGGGGGUUUCACCAACACACUUACUGAGAUCGUGAUCCAGAUAAUUAGUUAUUCUGGGACUGAAUAAGUGUAUAGCUUCCAUGUGUUGGAGAGAGUGGGUGGUGUAGUUACACAGGCACCAAGAGUGUAAUGGACUUUACAAAGCCUUUUUAUUUUUUAAUGCAAGAAAGAUCAAACUUUCUUGCUCAAACUUUUGUCACUUUGAAACCUCAAGGCCAGUCAACGCUGAAGAGCUUUGGUCGUUGAUAUUUGGAUUUUUUCUUUUUUCUUCUGAGUUUAAGGUGAAGGUUUUGAUGUAUCUCGCCUAAAUAGAAUUCAUGAUCAUCUUUGAGUCAAAUAUACAGGGAGGUUUAUGGGAAUACAUAGAGCAGCAGGCGAGCUCUUUGUUUUUUAUAUUAUUAUUAAUUCAUGUUUUUUUAAUUUUAAAGUCAAUUAUAGGGCAAUCGGGGUAUUGAGGUAGUAAUGUUGAGGCCAACAGAAAUCUUCUACAAGAAUUCUUCGAUCUGUAGCGAGUCUUCGGUUCACAGGUGUAAAAAGGUUUUGGAUGUGUGUGUUUGCAGUGGGGCAUCUUAAGCUGGAUGGUGUUGUGAAGCAUUAGUCUGGAACUGAUUUACGUCUAGAUUUUUUUUUCACUGCACACUUGGGAUAGCUUUACUUCCAUUUAAUGCAAAUCAGGCCUAUAUCCUUGAUACAUUUGCGCAUUACGUAACACUGAGCAGUCCCUAUUGACACGUUAGCUUCACUGUGUUAAUGCAAAUUGUGCUUAGGGUAGAUGUAGCAUAUUUAUGGUGAUUUUAAGUGUCUGCUUUCAUUAAAGUGGUUUUUAUUUUAACCUGGUCUCAUUAAAAUACAGAUUGGCAUUACA